AUGAGAAGGUUCACUAAUUUGAUGGGCUCCACCUCCACAAAAUGCCCAACUGCAGCACAUUGCAGUCUUACGUGGGAGACGGUCAACGCUUCGAAAGAAGAAGUGGUUAAAUAUCGGGUUCAUUACAGAAACAGCAGUUCAGAAUGGAAACAAUUUGAGACUACUUGGCUCGCAUUCGACCUUCCACUUGAAGAUGAAAUUGUAGAGGCCAGAGUCCGUGCUUUUCAUAUGCUCUGCAAUAUACGCGAUAGCAAAAUUCUUGGAGAAAUGUCAAAUACCACUGUUAUUAAAGAAAAAGGCUCGCCAUGGCUACUGUUCAUGGAACACCUGGAUCACAUUUGCUUCAAUUCUUGGAGUUAUCAUUCUGAUGGAAAUUGCAAUUCUGUUUAUAAUAACACUGCUACGCAGGUUCAACAAAUCAUUGCCGAAUAU